AUGAUGCGGCUUUUGCGGACGCCGGACGGGCCAUCUCUGCAAUUUUACUUCAGAGCAACUCCAGCCCUCUCUACACGCAUCCGACGUUCCGAAGAAAAACACCCGACUCCGCCCCAUCUCCGUCUCCAACGCCCGCCGCCGUCGCCUCUGCAUCACACGCUCCCUCCCCUCCGUCCUCACCCACAGCCGCCGCCCCGGUCCCUGCAGCGCCUCCCCUCCCACGACCUCUCCAACGACGGCAAUCCCCAACCGCACAGGAAGGAGGAAGGAGAAAGGAGGAAGGAGGAAGAAGAAGGGGAGGAAGCCGAGGAGGGGAGGAGGAGGUGCGUCGGCCGUCGUCUUGUUCCGUUCCCGGCUGUCGUCUUCUCCACGUGCCCAUCCCGCGCCCACCGCCAGCCCCGCCCCGUCGUCCCGCUCCGGCCAGCGGCCGCGCUCGGCCGCCUGCCGGUGGAGGAGGAGCCCCGUCCUACCCCGGCGACCCUUGCCGGCCCCUUCCCCGUCGCGUCCCCGCUGUCGGUCCGGCUCGUGUCUUCGUCGCCGUGA